AUGCGAUUUUACAACAAAAAACAGACGCAAAAUAUCAAAAUGAACAACAGUACAUGGGACAAAGCUGCUGGUGAUGCCAAGAACAAGUUUGGCAAUAUGACUGGCAAUGACCGCAUGGCUGCCAAAGGAACUACACAGAACACCACUUGCAAGAUCGAAGAAACGUUGCAAAAUGCCGAAAACCGUGCUUCCGGUAUGGCUGAUCAAGUUAGGGACAAAUUCAGCAACCUCACCAGCGGCAAUAGUACCUCGCGCAACGCUGGUGACAGUACUCAGCAGAAUUUGUAA